UGUUAUAAGCGCCAACAAUAUUGAGCGUGUGUGUGUGCUAUAUUCAAAUAAUCCAAGAGGAAAAGUGAUUCAAACGAGUUUCAGCACCUUGGAUUUCGAUUACAUUUUUCAUCUAUACACUUGCAAAAAGCGACCCGAGCAGCAGCCGCAGCACGACGGUAGAGAGACAGAGAGCGCUAACAAGCGAGAACGUAGGAGAGCCGAAGCCAGACAGAAAGACAGACGGGCAGCCAGCGCAACACAGCCAACAACAGCGGCCCCGUUGAAUAGCGACGGCAGGGGAAAGAAAUCUGAUUUGGCCAAAACGAAAAAUAACAAACAAAUUAUAAAUCGUAUACGCCACCGCGCUCUUCAUUAAAGAAAGACACACACAAACGUGUCUUACCCAAAAAACAUUUGGUUAUAUUUUUUUUUUGCAAACGGCUGAGUAAGCGUAGAAGAGUGCAAAAAACGUACAAAAGAAAGAAAAAAAGGAGCCAAGGAGCAACGAACUGUGUGUGCGGUGUAUGCUCUGAGUGUAAAAGGACCACAUGCUCUUAUUGUCUCACUCGCACUGCACACGAUUGCUGCUGUUGCAUUGUCGUUAGAGGUGGUGGUGGCGGCGGCGGCGGCGACACUGCAGGUUUAUCAUUAGUUUUCUGAUUUGCAUUCGCAUUUCCAAUGUUUGCAAUAUCUUAUUAACACAUUAGCUUAAUAAUUAUGUGUACGUAUUUAUUUUGCGUUGCGAUAACAUUACGUGCAUGAGGAAAACAUUAUGUUAAAAGUCUGGUUCGAUAUAUCGAGCGCAUGUGGCAACGCUGUGCCACCGCCAGGCACACACACUCGCGCACACACAUACACACACACACACACACACAUCCAAAUAUACUGCGAAAAGAGUAGCACCAGCAAGAAGAAGCAGCAGCGGCAAACUUCUCGCGCGGUGGAUAUAGUGCAGCUAAUUUUAUAAUAAAAUCGUUUUACAGCUCACACAAGAAGACUGAGAACAAACACAGCAAACACACACAAGUAAAGAAAAACUAGCAACAACAAACAGAACGCAAGGCGCCAAGGAGGCACCUAGAAGAGAUCUCGACCUCCUCGACAUUUGCACAAUCCAACAAAACAGUUCGGAAAUCCGCAUAUAACUGCAACAGAAACCGCAUCGAGCGAGCGAUUAGCUUGGAGCGCGGCGGCAGUAGGCGGCAAAGGAAGCUAACGCUAAUGAGGAUCUAUUGGCAGCAUGAGUACACUGGGGGGAAGUAGGGGAGAGCGAAAUGCCAAGCCCAAAUUCACAGCGUUGGAUAUAAAUCGCAUGUACAAGAAUAGCCGUGGCGAAUCGAGUGAACCGUCAGCCCAAAAGAAUCAAGUGCCGCGUAAACAUGGAAUGCAAAUAUUGGGCAAAGUGCCUUCCGCUAGGCGACCACCAGCCAAUCUGCCAUCCCUGAAGGCUGAGACGAACAGCAGCAGCAGCAGUAGCAGCAACAGUGCAACGCCCUUAAGCAACAACAACAACAGCACCAGCAACAAUCUUCUUGCAUCUGUCGAAGGCAACAACAGCAGCAGCAGCGGCGGCGGCGUCGGCAGUUCUAGCGCAGGAGGUGCGGGCGGAACGGGUACCGGCGCACCUGGAUCAACUGGCGCAGGUGCAAACAGCAGCAGCAGCCACAACAACAUCGCCACUGGACACAGCAGCGGCGGCAGCGCAGCAGGAGUAUCAGCUAAUUUGAAAUUAAUUAAUAACUCGGCAACAAGCGGAGGUGCUUCAGCCAGCGGCGGCGGCGGCGGAGGAGCAGGAUCGGGUGGUGUUGCUGCAAGCGGCAGCGGCGGCCAUUCAAAUAAUUCACCCAAGACAUGGUCAGCAAUAACGACAGGACACGAGCGUGCAGGCGGCACCGGUGGCCAUGGCCACUAUGGCAACCGCCAGACGCACCAGCAGCAACAGCAGCAGCAGGUGGUGCCGCACUAUCAAAGUCCGCAGUUUCAAUACGAGUUCCCAACACUAAUGGGCGGCGGCGGCGCUGCAUCCUCUGGUGGUCACGCGGGCGGAGCCGGUGGCGGUGGCAAAUCAAAGGAUCAGCAGGCGCAUUACCAGGGCCAGCAACAGCAUGCGCAUCAUCACCAGAAUCAUCAUUAUCAACAGCAGCAGCAACAGCAGCGCGAUUAUCGCGAUCAUCAUGGCCAUCAUGGGCGUCAAUAUGGCGGACACGGACACCAUUCGCAUCGCGGCGGCGGCGCCAAUGCGGAUCCCGGCAGCUACAGAGAUGGCAGCGACGACGUCGGCGGUGGCGGCGAACUCAGCGAGAUGAGCCUGCGGCCUCAAACCGAUCCGGCCGCUUGGCUGCAGCAACAGGAAAAGGCCGCCAAGGAAUUGGCAUUGAACCCACAGGGCCAGGGCCACCAGAUACCGGCCAACGGCAGCGGUGCGGGCGCUGGACCGGGCGGCAGUGUACCACUGCCCAUACUCUCACUAAUGCCGUCAUUCAUGCGCAGCGGAGCACCGCUGCCCGCAACCGGUCUGGGAGGAGGUGCGCCCACAAUGGCGGCAGCCCUUGCAAAUGCCGCCUCUUGCGUUGCCGCAGAUCUGGCAUCGUCUGCGCCCGCUCCCUAUCAGAAUGGCAUCGCCGGCAAUCGAUGCGCCUCGCCGGCCGUCCUGGGCAGUUUUCGUGCUGCGGCCGCAAUACCGAAGCGACCAGUUGCCGGCUUAGCAGCGGCAGCGACGACGACGACGACGACGACGCCACCACCAUCAGCGGCGAUAGGUGGCAGUGGGGUGACAACGCCUCCGCAGCAGCAACAGCAGCAGCAGCAGGCGAAUGGACCGGGCGGUCGCAAGGACAAGGACAAGGAUUAUGUCGUAGAGCCGGAGGUAGCACAAAUGCAGCGUCCAAUCAUACGCGAGGAGGAUCUGGAGCGUCUGAAUGCGAUUGCCAAGGACGACAGCUGGACGAAACAGGAUGAAAUUGACUACACCAAGAAACUAACAUUCUCCGACGACGAGGAGCAUGCCAGCCCCGAGGAUCAGCACCAUAACAGCAGCAAUAGCCACAACAAACAGCAGCAAAUGCAGCUGCAGCAGCAGUCAAUCCAAUCUAGCAGCAGCAGCAGCAGCAGCAAUAAUAAUAAUAAUGACCAGCGCAAAUUGUCCACCAGCAGCUCAUGGCAGCGUGGCAAGGAUAGCAGCGAGCGAGACUUGGAUGGCCCCUCCGAUCAGGGUCAGGAGCUGCGACAACAGAACGGCCAUCGCGGCAGUUCCGGCAAUGUGAUCGUUGGCAGCAGCGGCGGCGGUGGUGGCGGCGGCAUUGCUCUCGAUGCCGGCGUCUAUGAACGGGUAAAGCAGCGCAAGGAGGAGGAGGAACGUCGCCAGAUGGAGCGCAAGCAGGCGGCGGCAAAAAAGCUGCAGGAGCUUGAAAUGAAAAUGAACUGCAAGAAGGCGCUUAGCGAGGGCAAUGCCACAAGUCCGGCAUCUGGUGAGAUCCCAGCCGUGCCACUGGGCAAUGUCAGUGAGGAUGAGGGCGGAGGUGUUGCCGGUGCCGGUGCCGGACAGCAGCAACAAUUGCAAUUGCAGCAACAACAACGUCGACCACGUGGCAGCAUCUCCAGUAUGGGCAGCGCCGGUGGCGGUGGCGGUGGAAGUGGCGCCAGUUCAGCCUCGCUUGCGGCAAGCACACCUGCCGGGGAUUACGGACAGAAGCCCGUCUUCAUGACGCAUUUCCAAUCGAAUUUACCGCCACGCUUCCAGCGCCAGCAGCAGCAGCAACAACAGCAGCAGCAGCAACUGCCUCGCGGCGGCUUGGAGAAGAGCGCUUCCGCGAGCAGCGCCUUCGAGGGCAGCGGCUCACGUUAUCUGCAAAAGGGCGGCGGCGGCAGCGGCUCCAACGGUGGCAGCGGUAGCGGUGUGCGUAGCAUCUCCGGUGGCUAUGCGCGUGUCGGCAGCAGCGGCAGCUACGGGCGCAAUCGUCAUGAUAGCGCCAGAGAGGAGCAGGAUGCGUCCGGUGCGCGUGACCUGGACCAGUCGAGAUAUGCGCGCGGCCAGGAGUAUCGCAGUGGACAGCAGCAGCAGCAGCAAUUGAUGCAGUCGCGCAGCAUCUCGGAGAACUCGCAUCGCAAGACGAGCGUUUCCUCCGGCGACGAUGUCGGUAUGGGCAGCAACAACGGCGGCGGCGGCGGCGGUUGUUCCUCCUGGGCAGAGCAAACGGAUGCUGAGCAAAAGCAUCAUCGUCAUCGCGAGGAAAGCUUUUCAUCGACACACAGCCACGAUUCGGCUGUGCAGAUCAAGAUACUGCAGCGGCCAGCGCGACAGCCGAGCCUCAGUGAGGAGAAGCCGCUUGCAGCCGGCGGAGUAGGCGCACUCCAGAAACAGCCCCUGGACUCUAUGCAGCCCAUUCAGCCCACACAGAUACUGAGACGCAGCGUGGAGCCCGUUGACAAGUCGGACGAGAAGACAGCGGAUCGUGAGGCGAGCGACAAGUGCGCCGAAACGGAGCUAACCAUGUCGACGGCAUAUCCAGCCGCUGCCAAGGAUGACGAAAAGGAUGCGUCGCGCAACUCAACGAUAUGCUCGACUGUCACGUCCGCAACGCAGCCAGUGGCUGGCAAACGGCCAAGUCCACGGGGUGGUCGUGGUCGUGACGACAUCCACACCCGUGGUGCCGGCAGAAGCUAUCCGGCCAGCGGUGCAGCCGGUGGUCCGGCUGGCGGCUAUCGUGGACAGCGCAGCAGCAGCGACUGGAGCAGCCGCAAUAGCAGCGCUGCAGGAGGCGGCGGCGGCGGGCGUCGCUAUUAUGGCAGCGGCGGUGAGCAGUCCGAGCAAUCGGAGGACGUUGACGAGGAUUGUUACAGUAGCAGUGGCGGCGGCGGCGGCGGCGGGUCGCGACACAGUCCCAAAGUGCAGUCACGAUCAGAGCAGAGCAGCAACAGUAGCGGCUCAGGCGGUGUAUCCACAGCCGGCGGCCAGUCAGCAGCAGCAGGAGGAGGAGGAGGAGCCGUUGUCAACAAGGCGGGCUUUUCGCCACGCGGCGAACCAUCGCGACGCGGUCGCGGUGGUCUAUCCAGUUCCAGUGGUAGCUCAGCUCCCGGUUUUCGACGCCAACCAGCUAGCGGAGGACGCGCCUACGGCCGGCUGGGCUAUGAAGAGUAUGGCAAACAGCGCAGCUCGGAAUCGGAAACAGGCAAUGCACAAACUGCUGCGGACCUAGACAAGACCAAGCAGAAUCAGCUGGCGCUCAGUGCGGGACUGCACAAGGGCAAGGACGAGAAGGAGGAGCCGUCGCCCGACAAGGACAAGAGCAACAUCAGCAGCAGCCAGAGCAACAGCAGCAACAUCAGCAACAUUAAUAUACCCAACACUGCCGUGGCCAAGGAGGAGCCACACAAGGAUGCGCCCGUAACUGGAGCAGCAGCAGCAGCAGCAGCUACAUCAGCCAGGCCGCCGCCAGGACUGAGCACAACUGCCGCUGCCGCCGCCGCUGCUGCUGCAGGCGUGCCGCCUCUAUUAGUUGCCCCAGGCAGCGAUGUGCCCGGCAAAAAGAAGAGCAGCGAAUGCACAACAAUUUUACCGCCAACGGCAGCAGCAACAGCGCCCAUCGGCGACAAGUCCAAGCUUUCCGCCAUUGGCGAGAAGAGCGCUGUGGGUGUCGGUGUCGGCGUUGGCGUUGGCGUGGUGGGAUCUGGCAGUCUUCUGAUCGAUGCUAAUGCGCCAGUUAACACGAUUAUCUUUGAGAACUCGACGUACAAGCAGCAGCAGCAGCAUCAGGCAGCAGCCGUUGUGCCACUCAAGCAGCAGCAGCCAACGUUGGGCGGAGCAACAGCUGCAGCCGUUGAUAGCUUGUCGACAGCGCUCUCCCAGAUGAGCUUUGGCGGCGGCAAUGACGAUGACCAGCAGCAGCAGCAGGACAUGAAACUGGGAUUCAGCUUCAACGACGAUGCCGCCGCUCUCAAAGUGGUCGAUAGCCUGGAGCACCAGCAGCAGCAGCAGCAACAGCAACAACAGCAGCAACAGCAACAGCAGCAGAACAACUCCACGGCGGACCUGAACAUGAAGAUAGCGAGUGUGAAAAAGGUUUGGGAAUCGGCCACGCCCAUGUCGGAAGCAACGCAACAGUCGAACCAACAGCAACAGCAGCAGCAACAACAACAGCAACAGCAGCAGCAGCAGCAGCAACACUCGCAACAGCAGCAACACCAGCAGGUCUCGAGCUCUGUGGUGGAUGACAGCGGCAGCCAUAUCGCCGCCUCGUUUGUCGCCGCAGUCGCUGCCUCACAGCAGCAACAGCACCAGCAACAGAUGCCCCACUAUGCUGUCUCGGCGGUGCACAUGCAGAGCCAUCACCAGCAGCAACAGCAGCAACAACCGCAGCAUCAUCAGCAACAGCAGGCUCAUCAUGGCCACCAUGCAUUGUCCUCGCCGGGACCAGUCUAUGGCAGUCACGGCUCGCCCUUCGAUGCCGGCUCCCUGGAACAACAGUUUCAGCAACAACAGCAGCAGCAGGAGGAUUACCCAAGUCCACAGCAGCAGCAACACUCGCAGCAGCAUCAGCAGCAGGUGAAGGCCAAGCAGUUGCACGCCAACCUGGGCAUGUCGCCUCCGCCCAGCCACCAACAGCAGCAGCAGCAGCAGCAACACUCGCAACAGCAGCAACACUCACAACAGCAGCAACAGCAACAGCUGCCGUUCUAUCAGGCAUCGCCGCAGUUUGGCGUCGGCGGCAUUCCAACGAUUCCCAGCCCGCCGGCGGUUGUGUUCAACUCAUCGCAGCUGGCGCCGCCGCCAUCGCAGGCGGGCAAUCUGUACGCUCCAUUCCAUUCGCUUGAUCAUUCGAACCGCUCGCCCGCCUACUCAGCGGCAGCAGCUGCCGCCGCUGCGCACAGUUUCCCGGGCCAUUAUGCGGCCGCUGCAGCGGCGGCGGCCGCCGGCGGCGCCUUCAAUGCGUACGCCAUGCAGACGCCGCAUGGUCAUGGCGGCAAUAUGCCGCCACCUCCGACGACGGCCACGCCGGACAUGUACUCCAAUUUGUCGUCGCAAUUCCGGCUCGGCGGCGGUCCCUUUGGCCAGCCGCAGCCUAAUUCGCAACAGCUGAACAAUCCCAAUGCCGCCGCUGUGGCCAUCAUAUCCUCCAACAGCAGCUCAAUGAUGUCCUCGGGCUCGGCGAAGCCGCCGCCGCCCAGUCAGCAGCCCAUUGGCGCCAUUGGCUCCAAGUCGGCAGGCAGCGGCGGCGGUCCAGGACCCGGGCCCGGACCCGGACCGGGACCGGGACCCUAUGCAGCCGCUCAGCAGUACAUGAAUCUUUAUGCCGGACCGCAUCCGGGCCAGGGCGGACAUCCACCAGGCGCCCAUCAGCUGCAGUCGAACAGCUACUACUCGAAUUCAGCGCCCGGCGGCCCCAGCGGUCCCCAGUACUAUGGCGGACCGCCACCCCAAGGUGCCGGCGGUGGCGGCCAGAACUAUGGCCUGGCCACUGCGGCCGGCAUGUACGGCGGCCAUCAGGGUGGCCCGCCGGGUUCGAAUGGACCGCCGGGUCC